AUGCCGUCCCAGGGCUCGGGCGCGGUGCACGCGGCCAAGUCGUCAAUGGAGAAGCGGACGUCGACGCCGUUCUCGAAGCGGGACUCGGGCUCGGCCUUGAGCAGCCAAUACUGCCGGGCGGCCGUGGAAGCAGACGUGUCGCCGUCUUGGUCUUGCUCGGCGGCGGCUCCCUCUUCUGCGACUGGUUCGUCCUUGGCCGCAUCUUUAGCUGUCGCAACAGCCCUUCCCUUGCCCUUGGCAGUGGCCUUGCCCUUGAUUUUCUUCGCAGGCGGUGCUUGUGCCGGUGCCGGUGUUGAUGCUGCCUUUCGCUUCGUUGACGGUCCUGGGGUCACUUCUGCUUCUGCUGCUGUCUUUCCUGUCGGCGCUCUCUUUGCUGGUGGUGUCGGCUUCGUCGGCUUCGUCUCAGACUCUUCGAUUGGCGCAGCUCUCCGUGAAGACCGCCUGGCUGGCGUGCUCGGCUCUGCCUUGGCCGUGGCCGCGGUGCUCUUUCGCCUGGGCGGCAUGGUUGGAGUGAGGGGGGGUAUUGAAUGCGGAGGAUUCUUUCACAGUUGUCUAGAUCGAUAA